CACAAUUGUAUUUUGACUGAACUCAGUUUUGAGAAUCGGGUUGAACGAAACGGACGAACGCGAGACGAGGAGUUGAAAAAGCACAAGCAAGAAGCAAGCAAGCAAACUUGUGUGACUGCUGUGCUGUGGUUGGUUGAGAAGGAACCCAGGGUCCACACAAACAACAACACACAAGGAUACAGCGGUCAACCAUGGCUGACGACGUGGCAAAGCUGGCUGAAACCAGCGGGACGGGCGAAAACACAGUCAAGGUCAUCUGCCUUGGAGACAGCGCCGUCGGCAAAUCAAAGCUGGUUGAGCGGUUUCUCAUGGACGACUACAAACCCCACCAGCUCUCCACAUAUGCCCUCACCUUGUUCAAGCACACGGCGACAGUCGGAGACAAGGAGGUUGUCGUUGACUUUUGGGACACAGCUGGACAGGAACGCUUCAGUAGCAUGCACCCGUCAUACUAUCACGAAGCACACUCGUGCAUCCUGGUGUUUGAUAUCACUCGAAAAGUCACAUACAAAAACCUGCAAACGUGGUACAAGGAGCUGCGCAAGUACCGCCCGAAGAUCCCUGUCAUCUGCGUUGCCAACAAGAUUGACAUUGACUACUCCGUGACACAAAAGUCGUUUGGAUUCCCAAAGAAGCACGGCCUCCCCUUCCACUUUGUCUCAGCUUCAGACGGCACCAACGUCGUCAAGGUGUUCAACGAGGCAAUUGAGAGCGCUGUGCAGUAUAAGGAGCACUCGGACGAUUUCGUCGACCAGGUCAUGCAGCUCCUGCACGAGGACAAGUUCGCGGGCGACGACGAUGAUGGAGAUGCAAACUAGAGCAGCGAGGAGAUGAGGCCAACACAAGGAGGGCAUCCGACACGUGUGCAUGUGAGAGAGAGAGAGUGUGUGUGUGUGUGUGAGAGAGAGCGUAUGUGAGUGUGUGUGUGACAAGAGAAGAGAGCGAGCGCAGAAACCUUUCAGAGGGCGACUGGAGUGGAGGUGACGUUGCUUGCAUGCACGAUGUCGUGAUUGUGUCGACUCAGAGAACAUGUAAAACAGUUAUCACACAA